CCCUCCCAUUUUAGCUUCUCAUUUUGUGUUUUUUUUUCUCUCUCUAUCUCUCAUUUCGUUUGUUUGUGCUUGAUUUUGGUUGAUCUCUCUCUGAGAAAAUGUCGACGGAGAAGGAGAGAGAGACCCAGGUUUACAUGGCCAAGCUUGCCGAACAGGCCGAGCGUUAUGAAGAAAUGGUUGAGUGUAUGAAAAAUGUUGCAAGACUUGAUCUUGAGCUGACUGUGGAGGAGAGGAAUCUUCUCUCUGUGGGAUACAAAAAUGUCAUUGGUGCUCGGCGAGCUUCUUGGCGCAUUAUGUCAUCCAUUGAGCAGAAGGAGGAGUCUAAGGGAAAUGACCACAACGUUAAACUUAUUAAGGGUUACCGCCAGAGGGUUGAGGAGGAGCUUUGCAAGAUUUGCUACGACAUUCUUGGUAUCAUUGACAAGCACCUGAUCCCUUCUUCCACUUCAGGAGAAGCUACGGUUUUUUACUACAAAAUGAAAGGAGACUAUUAUCGGUAUCUUGCUGAGUUCAAGACUGACCAGGAAAGGAAAGAGGCAGCUGAGGAGUCAUUGAAGGGAUACGAGGCUGCUUCAGCCACCGCAAACACAGAUCUUCCAUCAACCCACCCAAUCCGUCUUGGCCUUGCACUCAAUUUCUCUGUCUUCUAUUAUGAGAUAAUGAAUUCUCCUGAGAGGGCCUGCCAUUUGGCUAAACAAGCUUUUGAUGAGGCAAUUGCAGAGCUGGACACCUUGAGUGAGGAGUCAUACAAGGACAGCACCCUGAUCAUGCAGUUGUUGAGAGACAACCUCACUCUCUGGACCUCCGAUUUGCCUGAAGAUGGAGGUGAAGACAACCUCAAAGGUGAAGAGUCCAAACCAGCUGAAGCUGAGCAUUGACGGGAGUACCAGAGAGUGGCCUGCGCAUAACAGUUUUAGGUGUCUGUCAGACUACUUCGUGAAUUCAGCUUUUCUCAUAAGGGGAUUGGAGUAAACAAUUUGGACAUAUCAUAAUUUUAUUGAUCUUUGUGGAUCCAACCAAAGCCAGAAGGAUCAAUCAGUUGUCUGCCUUUUCCUUUUUUUCUUGGAUUUAUUUGAUUUUUUCUUUUCUUUUUUACUUUUCCUCCAUGUUAUUUCAUUGCGACUUGUUUAUUUAAGCAAUGGAUAUUUUUACAUUUUUCUUAAACCAUCUUGGGCUUUUUAUCUUGUAAUUUUGGAUUAGACUUCGUAGAUUGGAAGCUAUUGGACCGGAUGCCUACAAAUGAUUGCCACUUAACAUGUGGUUUUCUUUC